CGCUCUUCGCCCGUCCGGGUGCCGGCGGCCGACCCGCGCGCCCCAGCCCUUCCCGGGCGGCGCCGCAGUCACAGUCCGCGCCCAGGGACAGGGCUGAAAACAGUGAAAUCACGUUUCACAGUUAAGGAACUGUUAAGAGGACAACAUGGGGACGCCUGGUUCUGGAAGGAAAAGGACGCCUGUAAAAGACCGAUUUUCUGCAGAAGAUGAAGCUUUGAGUAACAUUGCCAGAGAGGCAGAGGCAAGGCUGGCAGCCAAACGGGCUGCUCGGGCAGAAGCGAGAGACAUACGCAUGAGAGAACUGGAGCGACAACAGAAAGAGCACUGUCAUUAUUCCUUUGACCGGAAAUGGGGACAGAUUCACAAGUGGCUGGAAGAUUCCGAAAGGGCCCGGUAUUCCCACCGGUCCAGUCAUCGUCGACCUUCUCUGGGAGUUGAGGAUGCACUGUCCAUUCGAAGUCUUGGCAGCCACAGGUAUGAUGCUCUCAAGGAUAGAUCAUCAAGACUUUCAUCAUUAAAUCAUUCUUACAGUCACUCUUACGGAAUGAAGAAGAGGUCUUCUGGUUCUCGUAAAGACCCACUGAGUGGCCUCUACUUUGACCAGAGAAACUAUAGCAGUCUGAGGCAUAGCAAACCCACCUCUGCCUACUACACUCGGUCUUCUUCCCUGUGUAGUGACCCUCUGGCGACAUCAAGGAGUAACAGGGUGUCACUGUAUGACGGCGGAUUAUAUAACCCUUACGGGUCUCGAACUCCAUCCGAAUACAGUUCCUACUCCUCAAGAACGAGUUCGGCCCGAAGCAGUCCUGUGUUUACCGACGAUGGCAGUGCAAGCAUCGGGUCUUCUGGUCGUGCCAGUCACGGGCGAAGGGACAGUGUGGUGUCUGCCGCCGAGUAUUUUAGUCGCUCCAAUCGUAGGGGGAGCGUGGUCUCUGAGGUGGAUGACGUCAUCGUCCCAGAUGUGACCGGCUUGGAUGAAAAAUCUGACAAACAGUAUGCUGAAAAUUACACAAGACCUUCGUCUCGGAAUUCUGCCUCAGCAACAACCCCUCUAAGUGGAAACUCAUCCAGACGAGGGAGCGGAGACACCAGCAGCUUAGUAGAUCCAGACACCUCAUUAAGUGAAUUGCGGGAUAUCUAUGACCUUAAGGACCAGAUACAGGAUGUAGAAGGGAGAUACAUGCAAGGGCUUAAAGAACUAAAGGAAUCUUUGUCUGAAGUGGAAGAAAAAUACAAGAAAGCCAUGGUUUCCAACGCACAGUUAGACAACGAGAAGAACAACUUGAUCUACCAGGUAGACACCCUCAAAGAUGUUAUUGAAGAACAGGAGGAACAGAUGGCGGAAUUUUAUAGAGAAAAUGAAGAGAAAUCAAAGGAGUUGGAAAGGCAGAGACACACGUGCAGUGUGCUGCAGCAUAAGAUGGAUGAGCUUAAAGAAGGCCUUCGGCAGAGAGACGAGCUCAUCGAGGAGAAUCAACGAAUGCAGCAGAAAAUAGACACCAUGACAAAAGAGGUGUUUGACCUCCAGGAGACACUUCUUUGGAAAGAUAAACACAUUAGGGCCCUAGAGAAACAGAGAGAAUACAUUGCCUGCCUUAGGAAUGAGCGAGAUGCGCUCAGAGAGCAGCUGGCUGACCCGAAGGAGACGGUGAAGACAGGAGAGAAGCAUGGCUUAGUUAUAAUCCCUGAUGGCACCCCCAAUGGUGACGUCCAUCGUGAACCGGUGGUUGGAGCCAUCACUGUGGUGUCCCAGGAGGCUGCUCAGGUCUUGGAGUCUGCGGGAGAAGGUCCGCUAGACGUCAGGCUACGAAAACUUGCUGGAGAAAAGGAAGAGCUGCUAUCACAGAUCCGGAGGCUGAAGCUGCAGCUGGAGGAAGAGCGGCAGAGGUGCUCCCGCAGCGAAAGCACGGCGGCCGACCUGGCGGGGCUGCACAACGGUUCGGACCUGCAGUUCAUCGACAUGCAGAGAGAUGCCAAUAGACAAAUUAGUGAAUACAAAUUUAAGCUUUCAAAAGCAGAACAGGAUAUAACCACGUUGGAACAAAAUGUCAGCCGACUCGAGGGCCAGGUGCUGAGGUAUAAGACCGCCGCCGAGAAUGCGGAGAAGGUGGAAGACGAACUGAAGGCCGAGAAGAGGAAGCUACAGCGAGAGUUACGAACGGCACUGGACAAGAUCGAGGAGGUGGAGAUGACCAACAGCCACCUGGCCAAGCGGCUGGAAAAGAUGAAGGCCAACAGGACAGCGCUUCUGGCCCAGCAGUAGGAGGCGCCCCUCGGCCCGGGAGCCGCGCCCGGGGUCCCGCCCAGAGGGACUUUCUGUCCAUUGACACAAACCCCCUUCUGUACUGUUUGAGUCUUGUCAGUAAAAUAGCCACCUUUGUAUUUUAUAAUUUAUGAGAGAAUGAAACCGGUUUGAAUCUUCAUGAA